CGCUGCUCUUUUCCAGGCGGGUAAGACGUAACAGGAGGAAUCUAAGAAAGAGUACCAGAUGGCUGUCCUUCCCAGCGCCCGAAGCCCCACCAUGCUUGUCCUCCGAAGCGUCCUGACUAGAGCUCUGGCUGCGCGGACGCUCGCGCCUCAGGUGUGCUCAUCUUUUGCUACGGGUCCAAGACAAUACGAUGGAACAUUCUAUGAAUUUCGUACUUAUUGCCUUAAGCCCUCAAAGAUGAAUGAGUUUCUGGAAAAUAUUAAGAAAAACAUACAUCUUCGGACAGCUCACUCUGAAUUGGUUGGCUUCUGGAGUGUAGAAUUUGGAGGCCAAGUGAAUAAAGUGUUUCAUAUUUGGAAGUAUGAUAAUUUUGCCCAUCGAACUGAAGUUCGGAAAGCUGUGGCCAAGGAUAAGGAAUGGCAACAAUCUCUCACUCCAAAUCUGGGUCUUACAGAUAAACAAGAGAUGGAGAUUACUUACCUGGUACCCUGGUGCAAAUUAGAAAAGCCUGCAAAAGAAGGAGUCUACGAACUGGUUAGUUUUCAGAUGAAGCCCGGUGGGCCAGCUUUAUGGGGCGAUGCAUUUAAAAGGGCAAUUAAUGCCCAUGUGGAUCUAGGCUACUCAAAACUAAUUGGCGUUUUCCACACAGAAUAUGGAGAACUCAACAGAGUUCACGUUCUUUGGUGGAACGAGAGUGCAGACAGUCGUGCAGCUGGGCGACAUCAGUCUCAUGAGGAUCCCAGGGUUGUGGCAGCUGUUCGGGAGAGUGUCAAUUACCUCGUGUCUCAGCAGAAUAUGCUUCUGAUUCCUACAUCAUUUUCACCUUUGAAAUAGUUUUCCAUUGAAAUACGAAGCGUCGCAUUAACUGCUGUAAGAUGUGUCUGCUAUGGUGCUUAAAUUCUCCUAAGAGAUUCUCAGUUGUAUUUGAAGAAGGUGGUAAGUUAAUCUUUUGUGUCUCUGCACUUCUAAAGCCAGCUCUGUGCUUCCUUCCUGUUCCUCUCCACCCCAGGAAAUAGUUCUGUUCAUUUUCCCCUUGGCAUUUCAGUGUCUGCUACACAUUAGAAAUAGUUGCUACUACUUGAUGAUCUUGAUUUUUCACUGGUUUCAGAAUAUCUCUUAUAUUCUGUUUUGACAACCCUUUGCUUUUAUAUUUUAUAUUCAAAUGAUGUUACAUUUUGUACCUGAUAUUUUAAAAUUUAUA